GUUUGGUGCGCAGCAUUUGACUCGCCACGGGCGACGCGCCAAGUCUCAUCAAUCGACGGAAUCGGCGAAAUGCAGUAAAGUCAUUGUUUACGCGGGGAUUUUUUUAUAGUGUGAAUUAUUAUUUAGUGGUUGUUUUUGAGGCACAAUUGUUGGAAAAAAAUUAGAGACAACUAAAUAUUUUUGGAUUAAGGUUGAUCAGAUCAAUUUAAACAAAUGGACGACAUCUACUGGAACUCGAUAUCGUUUGGCAGCGAGGAAUCGCUGCAGGAAUCCAAACCGUACGUCGAUCCGUGGGAUCUGGAGAAUUACGCUUACAUCCGCAGCCACCUGGACUCGGUGGAGAACGCCUCAGAUCCCAGUUCCAGCGGCGAAUUCGUCGAACAGAAUUCCACGUCGUUUUACUACGUGCCCGGAAUUCCGCCGCCAAAACGCAACAACAAAUAUGAGAGUCGCGACAAGGUGCGGGGGUACGAUUCGAUGGUGAUCGAACAGGGGAAUUAUGCUGCGAUUGACGAAGUCAAACAAUACGUCAGGAGGCCGAGAGUUGAGGAAAGGCGGAUCAGGAGUCACAGCAGAGAUGUCGACUUCGAUUCAGAUUCAAACGAAUCUCCAUACGAAGAAGGCGUAAGCGAACCCCUAUACGGUUACGGUAACAGGGAGAAAAUCUACAAGAAACUACCAGUACCGAUACCUUCACCAAGAGACCGAAGUCUCAGUUUCUCAUACGGAGAUUAUGGACAUAGCCCACGAAAUGACAUCUACAGUAGAUUAGACGAUAUGCCAAUGAAAAAAGAUGCCACUCUUCCAAUCUACGAGGACGAUAGAAGAUUUAAAAGGAAACCCAGCAUUUUUGGACUGAGUAACUACGGUCAUCUUAAGAUCGAUUAUUCUUACAGCUGGAACAAUCUCAACAAAUAUAUUUGUAAAUGAAUCCCUUUCAUUUUGUUAUUUAUUUCCAUCAAAGUGGUGUACAAGACUGCCCAUAUCAUAUUGAUUGUAUAGAUUAUUGGUUGUUGUAUAGUUUAAUAUGUAUGUGAUUAAUUUAGGUGAGACUGUAUUGUCAAUUAGAUUAGCUCUAAAUUAUCACUGAAUUAAAUUAUUGAUUGAUUAUAACAUAUAUGCAGGUAACACAUAAUAUUCUUUGUAAAAAUCACAAUAAUUGUAAGAGACAAAUUAAAAUAAUACAGUAAUAAA